UGUUUGUACGCUACUUCAUAAUCUGAUGACCACGAAGCUGAUAGAAUAGAAAGUUUACACAUUGAUUGUACAAGAAUUCACAAUACCGAUUUAACAUUUAUUUUCAAGUUUAUUUGUUAAACUUUAUAAACAUGUUUAAAUAUUGUAAUCAAGAUUAUUAAAAUGUUGAUUCUUGCAAUAUUAUUUUGCCAGUGCAUUUGCGUCAUCUACAGUAAUUUAGAUAAUAAAAGUUAGGUUAGAAAUAAAGUCAAGACUCGUAAAGGUCGAUUAUAACUUCUGUAUUUUCUUGAGUAUAAAGAAAAAAAUAUGACUUCAAACGUCUCAAUAUCAUUCUUAGAUGAGGGCGUGAAUGAAGGAUUAGGGACUUCCGGAAUAAGCAUUUCAAAAAAUUGGAUUCUCACACAUGGUACUUUAUUGAGGUUAAAAAUGACAAGUGAUAAGAAACUUCUGGAUUUAAUAUCAAAUUUAGUACCGGGUAAACUGUCAAUUCUAUCAAAUGAAGCAGAUAAUUUACGAGUUCGAGUGCAAUUUUCUGCAAAUGGAAAAAUGACAGAACAAGCUAAUGAAGAAAUAAAACAAGCCAACGGUAUUGUAUUAGCUACUUGGCGUUGUCCAUUACUCAUUGAUACAUUUGCAAAUACUUUUUUUUCCUGGAAAUUUGGAAAAGAUUUUGAAGAAAUAAAUAAAAUACUAUCAUCAGUAUUUUUAGUUAUAUGUCUUGAUAAUAAAGAAAUAAAUAAAGCAAGUGAAUAUGACUUUGAUCAACGUAUUCGAAAGAUCUUGAGUCAUUUUAUUAAUAAUCACAUUCACAAGAAAAGUCUUAAGAGAGGGGCUGUAAUAAACAUUGAAUCGACGCCAUUUGGAAAUUCCGUAUUUAUUAAUUCUAUUUCACAGGGAAUUGUAAGUAAUAUCUUGGGUAUAAACAAAUGUGUUAUGCUGACAGACGCAAAUACAGUACCAGGAUGUGAAGGAGGGCCUGUUUAUGUUGUGCAAAAAGAUGGAAGUCAACUGUUAUGUGGAAUGGUGAUUGCUCCGUUGAGUUGGUGCCGCAAUGAGUGGGUGAAUUAUACACUCGUCGCAUGUUUUUUACCUUGCCUAAGAAAAUUACUGAAGAAACAGGAAAUUAAAGUUGAUAUAACAGCAACUGAUGAGAACCUUGAUUUCACCAGUUCAUUAGACGAAAGUGUAGUACUUGUACGUUGUGGGGUAAACUGGGGAACUGGUACUCUUGUGGAUCGUGAAACUGGCACGAUUUUAACAUGCUCGCAUGUGGUUAGCGAGGCUAUGUAUCAUCAAAUUGAAGUUAUUUUCCACAAUGAAAAUGAAAGUCAUCAAUUGUCUGAUUUCAACAAACCAGCACAAUUAAUUUAUCGAACAUCAAAAAAUUUACCAUAUGAUAUUGCUAUCUUAAAAGUAAAUCCAUUAGAUAUUAACAACAAAUUGAGACCUUUAAAAUUAGGAGACAGUUUAGCUAUACGAGGUGAAAAAGUUAUUAGUGCUGGUUUUCCAUUUAUAUCUUCACGAUUACCAACUAUUACUCAGGGUAAUAUUUCUAGUGUAUCUUCAUACAUGUUACAAACCACUUGCUGUGUUCAAAGUGGCGCCAGUGGUGGACCCAUUAUUAGACCUACCACUGGUGAAUUGUUGGGUAUAAUUGUCUGUAAUGUCAUUACAUCCAGUACUCUAUACCCGAGGUUAAAUAUGGCAAUACCUACAGUUGCCAUUAAAGAUCCCAUUAAUGAAUAUAUUGCAACCAAUCGAACUGAAGCGUUGGAGUCUUUAUUGAGUCAUGAUCAUAAUGUACUUCGCAUGUGGAAUUUUCAUCUUUCUUCGAAAAUGUAGAUUCAUUACAAUAGUAUAAGGGAACAGGAAAAAUCUUGUUCUGAUUUCUAUUGCAAAGCCAAUUAGUACAUUUACUCAAGUCAUGUUAAAGAGUUAUAUAGCUUUAAAUAAUGAUCAAUUUAUUUUUAUAUCAAUUGUAAUAAAUUAACUUUAUAUUUGUUAUUGGUAGAAUAAUCUGUUUAUCUUAAAGAAAAAUAAAUUUUUGAAUUCAUCAACGAAAACAAUAUUUAUGGAAUAUAAGAAAAACGACAGUUAUUUGGCAGUUUGGACGUUUAUGUGUAAAGUAUGUUUGAAUUAUAAAAAUUAUAUAGAUUAUUAAAACUUUCGAUCACUUCCAUUAUAUAGACAUCGUACAACUUUUAGUAUUAUGACAGAAGUUAAAUGGUAUUUCAUUAAAGAAAGUUUUAAUUCUACUUUGCAAGAAUGCAAGUUCAAGAUACAAAACUAUGAGCCUGACCUUCACUUAAUAUUAUAUAAAACUCAUCGACCACUUUGCUGUUCCAAAUAAUUUCACGUACUUGGUUUACUUUUACAAAUCAAGAUCAUACUGGUAUGUUAUUUGAAAAUACUAUUCUACUUUUGUAUAAGGCUACUUUUUUACAUUUAGUCUAAUUUAAAAAAUCGCUCAUAGAUGCAAACGAAUUGGAGCCUUAUACAAAAGAAGCAACAUACAUACAUAAAUAUUAAAGUACAAAAUAAAAUUAUUUCAAGCUCUUUAUAAACAAGUUAAAGCUACU